CGUGAGCCACCGCCCCCGGCCAGGAUGUGGCUCUUAAGGAUACUCCUGAGAUGGAGCUGGUGUUUUCCUCCAAAGGCGCUUCUAGGAAGCGCCGUCUGUACCCUGAUUGUUACCUAGAGAACUACAUUACCCAGAAAACUCCGCGUCGAAUGACGUGAGUGGAAGAGCCAGGAGGGCGCAGAAGAAAGGCGUUUCCUGUGUGCGCAGGACAAUGGGUCCGGACUUCCGGCGCCCUCUAGUGGCGGCCAUUUUGAUUUGUGUUGGUUUGGUAAGUCAGUGAGAGGCUCCUGAGCGCUGGGUUGGGUCUGCGGUGACUGAACUCAGAAGGCGGAGAGCAGUUGUCUUCCGCUACACAGAGGCAAAUCUGGAGCUCUGUGACGGCGCCCAGCGUGACCCGCUCCUGGGCCAGGAUAGGGACCGCCGUGUCCGUGUCUCUUGGCUGGUUGCUGUCUCUUCCCGACCCUACUUCAAACCACGUGGUUCGAUGGCGGCGGCCACGCUGAGGCUCUCGGCUCAGGGCACAGUGACUUUUGAAGACGUGGCUGUAAACUUUACCUGGGAGGAAUGGAAUCUCCUUAGUGAGGCUCAGAGAUGUCUGUACCGUGAUGUGAUGCUGGAGAACCUGGCACUUACGUCCUCCCUGGGUUGUUGGUGUGGAGUGGAAGAUGAGGAGGCACCUUCUAAGCAGAGUAUUUAUGUGCAAAAAGAGACUCAGGUCAGGACUCCUACAGCAGGUGUGUCCCCCAAGAAGGCUCACCCCUGCGAGAUGUAUGGUUCGAUCUUGGGGGACAUUUUGCACAUGGCAGAUGAUGAGGGAACACAUCCCAAGCAGAAAGAGCACAGGUGUGAGGCGUGGGGGAGUGAAUCCUAUGACAGUACAAACUUUCAUCGGCACCAGAAUCAGUACCUUGGAGAGAAACCCUAUAGAAGCAGUGUUGAGGAAGCGCUGUUUGUGAGGAGGUGUAAGUUCCACGUGUCAGAGGAGUCGUCUGUCUUCAGUCAGAGUGUUAAGGACUUUUUGCCCAGCUCAGGAUUACUUCAGCAAGAGGCCGUUCACACUGGGGAGAAGUUAGACAGUAAAACCGACUGUGAAUCACCCUUUCACGGGGGGAAAACUUGUUACAGCCGUGGAGGAUGCAUGAAACAUCUUAGCACCAAAAAUGUUCUCGGUCAGCAUCAGACACGUCUCCCUAGAGAAGAAUGUUACGUGUGCUGUGAAUGUGGGAAAUCCUUUAGCAAACCUGAUAGCUUCAGUAAUCAUCAGAGAGCUCACAGUGAAAAAAACCUUCCUGAAUGGAGAGAAUGCGGGAAAUCUUUUAGUCAAAAGAGCUGCCUCACUCAACAUCAGCAAUUUCACACUGGAGAAAGACCUUACGGGUGUGGAGAAUGUGGGAAACAUUUUAGUUCAGAAGGACAUCUUAGGAGCCAUCAACGCGUUCACGCUGGAGAACGACCUUACGAAUGUGGAGAAUGUGGGAAAUGUUUCAGUCAUAAGCGCAGCCUUGUUCACCAUCAGCGAGUUCACAGUGGAGAAAGAGCUUAUAAGUGUGGAGAAUGUGGGAAAUCUUUUAGUCAGAAGGGCAACCUCGUUCUACACCAGCGAGUUCACAGGGGAGAAAGACCUUAUGAGUGUGGAGAAUGUGGGAAAUGUUUCAGUUCGAAAGGACACCUUAGGAACCAUCACCGCAUUCACACUGGAGAAAGACUUUAUGAGUGUGGAAAGUGUGGGAAAUCUUUUAGUCAUAAGGGCACCUUCAUUUUACAUCAGCGAGUUCACCCUAGAGAAAGACCUUAUGAGUGUGGAGAAUGUGGGAAAUCUUUCAGUUCAAAUGGGCACCUUAGGAGCCAUCAGCGGGUUCACACUGGAGAAAGACCUUAUGAGUGUGGAGAAUGUGGGAAAUCUUUUAGCCAUAAGCGCAGCCUUGUUCAUCAUCAGCGCAGUCACACUGGAGAGAGACUUUAUAAGUGUGGACAAUGUGGGAAGUCUUUUAAUGAAAAAGGACACCUUAGGAAUCAUCAGCGAGUUCACACAACAGAAAGACCUUAUAAGUGUGGGGAAUGUGGGAAAUGUUUUAGUCACAAGGGCAACCUCAUUCAACACCAGCAUAGUCAUACUGGAGAAAGGCCUUAUGUGUGUUGGGAAUGUGGAAAAUUAUUUAAGAAGAAGUCUCACCUCCUUGCACACCAGAGCGUUCACACUGGAGAAAAGCCAUAUGCAUGUGAGGCUUGUCAAAAAUUUUUUAGACAUAAAUACCAACUCAUUGCACACCAGAGAGUUCACACUGGAGAAAGGCCAUAUGAAUGCAAUGAGUGUGGAAAGUCAUUAACUCACAGCCCUACAUUCCAUGUUCAUAAGCGAGUUCACACUGGUGAAAAGCCUUUUGAGUGCAGUGAAUGUGGGAAAUCUUUUGCUGAGAGCUCCAGUCUCAAUAAACACAAGAGAGUUCACACUGGAGAAAAGCCUUAUAAAUGUGGGGAAUUAUUUAACAAGAAGUCUCACCUUGUACACCAGAGAGUUUACACUGGAGAAAAGCCAUAUGAGUGUGAGGAUGGUCAGAAGGUUUUUAGCGAUAAGGACCACCUCGUUGCACACCAAAGAGUUCACAGUGGAGAAUGGCUAUAUAAAAUGCAGUGAUUGUGGGAAAUCAUUUAUUCAGAGUUCUAAAUUCUGUGUUCAUAAGAGAGUUCACACUGGUCAGAAGACUUAAGAGUUCAGUGAAUGUGGGAAAUCUUUUGCUGAAAGCUCCACUAGUCUCACCAAACACAGAAGAGUUCAUACUGAAGAAAAGCCUUAUGGGUGUGAAUGUGGAAAGAAAUUUAGCUGAAGCUUUUCACUUUUUCACCAUCAGAGUUCACAAGAGAAAGGCCUUAGUGUAGUGAAUGUGGGAAAUCUUUCACUGAAACUUUCAGUCUCAUUAAACACAGGAGAGUUCACACUGGAGUAAGGUCUCUUGCGAUUGCAGCAAAUGUGGAAAAAAAGUUACUCGAAGGAAGGUCUGCUCUUCUUGGACAUCCGAGAGUUCACACUAGACAAAUGAAAUAAAUGUGGGCAAUUUUGUAGCCACACCUCUCUGCUCCUUCAAGAUCAGAGCAUUAACACUGGAUCAGGGCCUUACUAGUGUGACAAAUGUGAGAUAUUUAUGUAGAAAUCUAGCUUCAUAACACACAGGAGAGUUCCCACUGUAGAAAUGCCUUUUGAGUGUAAUGAAUGCAAGAAAGCCUGCAGCCUUCUAAUUGGAACCUCGAACAUUGACAUGAGAGAAACACCGUAGAUGUAUAUGGAAUGUUACUUCUUUUUCAUUAUAACAUUGGGGGAGCUCCUUUGAGGGUGCCACCAGCCUAGAUUGAAUGUCAUCUAUUGAGCAUCUGUAAAAGUUGCAGGCAUGUGGCAGUUGCAGUGCAGUGUUCACUCUACCCAGUUACCUUACUAGAUUUUGUUAGAGACAGGGUGUCACUCUUGCUCAGGAUGGAGUACAGUGGUGCAUUCACAUUUCACUGCAUCCUCCAUCUCUUGGCUUAAGUGACUCUCUUGCUUCAGUCACCUGAGUAGCUGAAACCACAGGGCUGCACCACCAUGCUUCACUGAUUUUUUAAGUUUUGAAGAGACAGGGUCCUGCCAUAUUGCCCAGGCUGGUCUUAAACUCAUAAGGUCAAGUGAUCCUUCCACUUUGGCCUCCCAAAGUGUUGGGAUUACAGGUGUGAGUUACUAUGACUGACUUUUUUUUUUUUGAGAUGGCAUUUCGCUCUUGUUACCCAGGCUGGAGUGCAGUGGCGCAAUCUCGGCUCACUGCAACCUCCGCCUCCUGGGUUCAGGCAAUUCUCCUGCCUCAGCCUCCUGAGUAGCUGGGAUUACAGGCGCGCACCACCAUGCCCAGCUAAUUUCUUUUGUAUUUUUAGUGGAGACGGGGUUUCACCUUGUUGACCAGGAUGGUCUCGAUCUCUUGACCUCAUGAUCCACCCGCCUCGGCCUCCGAAAGUGCUGGGAUUACAGGCUUGAGCCACCGUGCCCGGCCUCCUCCUUUUUUUUUUUUUUUUUUUUUUUUAAACGUGUAAUUCCUGAUCUAGUUACAGAAGGAUUUUCUGAGUAGCUUCGGCACUUCUUUGUCAUUUCUUUCUGUCUGGUAAGUUGUGCCGUGGACCUUACCCAUUUUUAUCCCAGAGGACUCUUACGUUGACUUGAAAAGAUGGACUGUGUCUUUCAGGGAUCUUGUGGGUGUCACAUCAAUCUUGACAGAUUUUCUAACCUCCAAGUCAUGAUCCUAAAAACAGCCUCCCUCCCAUUUCUGUGGUUUAUGCUAUUAUGAAGCCCUUAUUGUUUAACCCUUCAAUCUUGGGAGUUGCUAUCACCGUGGGUGGUUCAGAAUCAAGUAGGUCCUGUUCCCAUGAAGGGAUCACAGCUUUUGUUGGCAUCGCUGAACUCUGUGGCUCAGAGGACAGUGUGAAUGCAGAGAGGCCUCCAAAGAGGGCUUUGUGGUCUUUCUCUGUAGCAUGGAUACUACAGUUAGGGGGUUCAUGGGUCAGCUGGGUACAGGGAACUUUUUGUGACAAUUUGUGGUGUUCCUUGAACAAGACAAAACUCACUUUUAUGAGGAAUUUUGCAUCGUACUUGUACUGCUGGGGGAAAUCUGUUCCCCAGCUCUUGCAAUGCAGAUACAUGCCCUGAUACCUAGAAUUCUGUAGGAUAGCAUCACAGGUUGUAAUGCUCUAGGGGGAAAUUAUAAUUUUAUAGAAUGACUGCAUUUGUAGGCAAUUGAGGAGACAAUAAUGUGAUUGCAACACUUUGAGGUAGAGUCUUCCCUAUCGCCCAGGCAGGUGUGCAAGGGCACAAUUUCAGCUCACUGCAACUUCUGCCUUUCAGGUUCAAACAGUUAUCCUGCCUCAACCUUCUGAGGAGCUGGGACUACAGGCACCCACCACCAUGCCUGGCUAAUUUUUGUAUUUUUAGUAGAGAUGGGGUUUCACCAUGUUUCCCAGGCUGAUCGCGAACUCCUGAGCUGAAGUGAUCUGCCCACCUCAACCUCCCAAAGUGCUAGGAUAACAGGCAUAAUGUGUGUCUUCUUUUUUUUGAGAUGGACUCUCACUCUGUUACCAGAUUGGAGUGCAGUGGUGCAAUCUUGGCUCACUGCAACCUCCGCCUCCUGGGUUCAAGCUAUUCUGCUUCAGCCUCCUGAGUAGCUAGGAUUACAGGUGCAUGCCACCACAACCGGCUAAUUUUUGUAUUUUUUGUAGAGAUGCGGUUUCACCAUGUUGGCCAGGAUGGUCUCUAUCUCCUGACCUCAUGAUUCACCCGCCCAGGCCUCCCAAAGUGCUGGGUUUAUAGGUAUAAGCCACCACACCUGGCCCAAUGCAUGUCUUUUAAAAGGGCAUCCACAAUGAUCCAGUCACUGUGUACGUGAUGAAUAUGUAGAUAUAGGAAUUAUCAGCACUUCCGUAAUGAUGAAUGUUGUUUAGCUGAGGCCAUUGUCAGAAGAAAUAAUCUAAAUGUUUUGUGAAUUCCUUCCUGUACCCUUUCUGGGCUGUUCACCUCAAGGUCAUUCCUGCAUUAGGAGGAAGACACUGGGGAAAGGGAGAUCUCAGUUCAGUGAUGUGGCCUUUGUGAUCAGCCAGCCAGGUUAACAGGUAGAAAUGGCCUUCCUGCCACAUCAAUAUUUGUACCAUGGAGGCUAGUUGUCCCACUUAGGGCAUGAGAAGAGUUGGUGUAGUCAGUAUAGAGUUGCCAAACCUCUUUGCCAAAAAUGAUGGUAAAUCUAUAUUUUUCUUUUGAACUGCAUUUUAUUUUAUUUUAUUAUUAUUUUUGAGACAGAGUCUCAGUGUCGACCAGGCUGUAGUGCAGUGGCAUGAUCUCAGCUCACUGCAACCUCUACCUCCUAGGUUCAAGUGAUUCUGCUGCCUCAGCCCUCCUGAGUAGCUGGGAUUGUAGGCGUGGCACUAUGUCUGCCCAAUUUUUGUGUUUUUUGUAGAGACGGAGUUUUGCCACAUUGGCCAGGCUAAUCUUGAACUCCUGACACCAGGUGACUUGCCUAACUCAGCUUCCCAAAGUUGUGGGAUUACUGGCGUGAGCCACUGUACCCAGUCUGAAGUAUAGUUUAAAGCUGUGAUAAGUUAUAAAUGACAUUCAAUGAGCUAUGCAUAUUUAAGCUCUAGUAUGUGAUAAAUCUUGAGUUUCAUAUAAUCCUAUGAAACCAUUAACGUAAUCACAAUUAUGAACUUACCACCUUUAUAUUCACCUGGAACCUUUUUAAUAGGGUGUGUCUGCCUUCCAGACAACCAGUGGUUCCCUUUGCUGUACAACAGAGUACUUUCCACUUUCUGGAAUUUUGUGUGACUGAUGUAAUAAAGGGUUUCCUCUUACAA